CAUCGGAUUCGUGCAAUAAUAGGUAGUACACUAAACACUGUCUGAUUCUUGAUGAUCUUUCUUCCUCGUCUGCAAAAGCGUUUCUUUCACACGCUGCCCAAAUUCCCUACGUCCUGCUUACAAGCUUAUGUUCGUUGUCGAAUUCGAACAACUCACACACUCUCCAACAAUGGCUUCAUUGAUUUCUUCGACAGCCUUCUCCAUCAUUGCGUCAGCAGUACUAAUGGAAGCUGUAAUCACGAGCGACCCGUUAAACAGAUCCACGCGCAAAUCAUACUUACAUCCUCGUUGUUUUCGUCGGCUUUCUUGUCGGCCAGACUUAUUUCUUCAUACUCGAAAUUAUCCCUUUUGAACGAUGCACGGAAGGUGUUUGAUAGAAGUCCUGAAGAUUGCUUUUUUAGCUCUCUUUUCUGGAACUCGAUGCUACGCGCUUAUGUUUCGGAUUUUAGGUACGAAAAUGCUAUCGAAUUGUAUCGCCGAAUGCGAGAAUUCGGUGUACAGCAAGAUGGCUUUUGUUUUCCUUUGAUUAUAAAGGCCUGUGCGAUGAGGGGCGAUGUUCGAUUGUGCAGAAGCGUUCACUGUCAUGUUACACAAAUGGGGUUUAGGAAUAAUCUGCAUGUCAAUAAUGAGCUGGUGGGAAUGUACGGGGAGAUUGGCCUGAACGAGGUUGCCCUACAGGUGUUCGAUCGAAUGCCUCUGAGAAGUUGUGUUUCUUGGAAUGUUGUGUUAUCAGGUUUCACCAAAAAUCACGACUGUGAAGGUGCAUUCGCAAUCUUUUCUAGAAUGGAGAACGAGGGGUGGGAGCCAAAUUCCGUGACUUGGACUUCGUUGAUUUCGAGUUUCGCUCGGUGCGAUUUUAGAGAUAAGACAUGGGAGCUCUACGUUUUGAUGAGAGAGAAAUGUGUGUGUGCUACUGCAGAAUCAAUUGCAGUUGUUAUAUCAGUGUGCGAUCAAACACCCAUUAGAGGCUCGAUUGUGCAUGCACACGUAAUAUCAGCUGGUUUCGAAAAGUACAUAUUCGUCAUAAACGCUCUUAUAAGCAUGUACGGGAAAAAUGGGGAUGUAGAAAAAGCAGAGUAUCUCUUCUCCGGUAUAGAAUCAAAGAGUAUAGUGAGCUGGAACGCUUUAAUAUCUGCAUACGCGCAGUCACGUUUAUGUGACGAAGCUCUCUCAGCUUUUCUUCGGCUGAAUUCAACGGCAAGGCCUAACGUGGUUAGCUGGACUGCAGUUAUUAACGCAUUCGCCACUAGCGACAAGCAUAAACCGACGACUCUGGAACUGUUUCGAAAUAUGCAAUUCGCUCGAGUUUCAGCCAAUGCUGUGACAGUUGCUACAGUGUUAUCAGUUUGUGCUGAGUUAUCAGCACUGCCACUCGGUAGAGAAAUCCACGCACACACAAUCAGAAAGCUAAUCGAUAGCGAUAUAUUAUUGAAAAACGGCUUAAUCAACAUUUACAUGAAAUGCAGCUGCUUGAGGAAAGGGUAUUCGGUUUUCGAAGGAACGGUUUGCAAAGAUAUAAUCUCGUGGAAUACAAUGAUCACGGGAUAUGGCAUCCACGGGCUCGGAAAAGAUGCCCUGGGAAUAUUCCAUCGGAUGGUGAGUGAAGGAAUCAAGCCAGACGAGGUUACGUUCGUUGCUGUACUUUCCGCAUGCAGUCACUCGGGACUUGUUGCAGAAGGCAAUGAGCUUUUCGAACAGAUGAAUAGAGUGUUUCGAAUCGAGCCGAAGAUCGAACACUACGCAUGUAUGGUGGAUCUUUUCGGGCGGGCAGGUCUUCUCGACGAAGCGGGUCGGGUCUUGAAGAGCAUGCCCAUGGAGCCGAAUGUGCACGUUUGGGGAGCCUUUUUGAAUACUUGUAAAAUGCAUGAGAAUACGGAUUUUGCCGAAGAGAUUUGUUCUCGGAUUUUCGAUCUCGAGACCGAGGGUACUAUGGGUAGUUAUAUGUUGCUGUCGAAUUUGUACGCGGCGAAUAAGAGGUGGGACCAGUCUGCUGAUGUCAGGCUGUCGGCGAAGAAGAGGGGUUUGAAGAAGAUAGCUGGGCAGAGUUGGAUUUGAAUACAAAGGAAUUUCAUGGGCAGAGUUGAUUUUAGUUAUUGCUUCUUAAUUAUU